CUCUGGGCUGCCAUGAAGACCGAAGAGGGAACUUUUUCACUUUUCCUCUGGACGCAAGAAAACGUCUAUAGGUUAUAGGUGUUGCUUCAAAAGAUAUCAGAAGGAUAAAUGGAUCCAAAUAAACCCCCGUUUCGCGGACCUCCGGGGGCCACGCGACUUCCUUGGCCGCAGCCGUCUGGGGGUCGCGGGUUUCUGACAGACCAACCCCCGGUAGGUCGAGGUCCGGCUACAGACGCAGAUAAACCGAUCGCUGGAACAGGCAGGGCCUUUGUUACUUCUGCCAUCCAACACAGGAGAGGGACCCCCGUCCCAGUUGUUGAGGUCCCUCUUGGGGUUGGAAGAGGAAUGCCAUUGUCGGUGGAGGAACGGGGUUUUGGGAGAGCUAGAGGGAUGUUGGCGUCUUUCCCUGAGCCCACGGUCGGAAAGGGCAGAGGGAUGUUGGUGGAAGCCAGUGUGGAGCCUGUCCUUCCUCUUCCGAGUGGACCGGUGGAGUUACCCAAGACAGGCCCCAGUCUGCAGGUGGGAAAAGAAAAAGACACCACACCGAAGGCUCCGAUGGAUUUGCCAGGAGAAGGAUCGUCCCUGCUGUGUAUGCUCAGGGGAAUGGGCAUUGAGCCGGUGGAAAGGUGGGGAAGAGGAAGAGCACUCAUGGCUGGACUUGCUGCAGAUGUGCCCUCCCGCGUGGGCCCUGUUGGCUCGCUGGCUGUGGGGACGGAUGGAGCUCUGCCUGAGGGUCUGGUGGCUCAUGGCUGGAGGUAG